UCCCCAGACCCGUCCAGAGCCGGGUUUGGCAUAAAGCUAAGUGGGCCCCACUCUUAGCUCAGGAGGUGUGGCCACGCCCCAGGCCAGGCUGUGGCUAGUGCCUCUGGAGUGAACCUGGCUGGAGUCACCAUCAAGUGUAAUGUCAGCGCGUCCAGGAUCCAGGGUCAGAGGAGUGAAGGGCCUGAGGGUGAAGCUCUGCCUUCAGCUAUCUGCUUCCUGCUUUGCAGAGCUCUGGGCAAGGCCCAAAGUCCCCUAGGUAGCCCUCCUCGCCUGGUCCACACCAUCCCCAGGGGGCUUGGUGACACUGCGAUCAUGUAGAUGCCUAAAGGGGGACAGGGCUCAUCAGGGCACCUUUCCAGAGGAGGUAGGAUGGAUCAGGCCGGGCAGAGGGGAGACCUGCAGACGGGAGGAGCUGGGCGGAGCUCUGGGCAGGGACAGGGGCGGAGCUGGGAGUCUGUAGGAACUGGGAUGCAGUUAGAAUCCUCCACUAGCUGUGUAUCUCAGAGAGGCAACUUCCUUCUCUGCGUCUCCAUCCCGUCUUCUGUGAACUGGGCAUGGGGACACCCCGGUCAGCACGUUGAGGUGAGGAUUCGCUGAGGGGAUCCUUCACCAAACACCCGUCCACUUAAAUGGUGGGGAGAGGGGAGUUGAGAUGGAAAAGGAGGCAGCAUGGGCCUGGCCCCACAGCCACUCGGUCACAAAGCCAGUGUCCUCCCAGCGGGGGACACUCCGUAAUCACAGCGAGCAGCUCCUCCACUUAAAGCGCUGGUCACUGCUCUCCGUUCACUUCUCACCAGUGCCUGUGCCCUCAGGGCUCACCUGUCCUCUCGCCUCUGUGCACAGCAACAGUCCACACGGUUUGCUGUUCCCUCCUCAGAGCAGCCGCUCGUACCGUUGGACAAAUUACUGAAUCUCUCUGUGCCUCAGUUUCCUACAGCAGCUCAUUUCCUCAGAGGCAUGUUGUAAGGAUUGCACAGUUGCCAUGUGAAAGCGCUUGGAGUGGCCCCUCUUACCUAGGUGGCAGCUGUUGUUAUUACUCUUAUUUCCACUCCUGGGGAUCCCUCUCCCCCUCCCAGGACCCCCGUACCUCAGCCUCUGCCCUAGGCAUGGGCUCUAGGACUCUGUCUGGUUGGCAGCUGCUGGGACCCACAAUGGGGAGCUGCUGAGCACCAUGGCAAGGAAGGUGCAGGAUCUGGAGGAGCAGGUGAAGGACCAGAACAACCAGAUGCUGUCCAAGGAUGAGAAGAUACAGUCCCUCGAGGAACUGGUGGCGAUCCUCCAGGAGCAGAAGAGUAAGAGGCUCUCUCAGGGGCUGCUCGGCCAUCCUGUUGUACCUCCCCUGGGCCCCAAGGCCUGGACAGCUGAGCCCAGGGGGCAGUGAUGCUUUUGGGAUGGUGCCCUCCAACGCGGGACUGAGUCCCCGAGUGCAGGCGCAGCCUCAGCAGCCUCGCUUCAGGCGACCUCCUCGGGGUCAGGAGGGCCGCCCUUGUCAGGGUCAGGGAGAGGGGCUCGAGGCCAUUCUCAGGGGAUUCCCCGGAGUCCUCAAGGGGCAGCUUCUUCAGAUGACCCUCAGGGCAGAGCUCUGGUCCAGGCAGGCUGGCAGCCUCCAUGCUGGGGCAGCGGAACCCCUCCCCAUCUCUCCUGAAGGCAAGAUGUCCCUGCAGCGGCAGGAGGAGCUGGAGACCAUGUGCGAGCAUCUGCGGCGGCAGGUCGGGGAGAUGGAGCGGUUCCUCGGUGACUAUGGUCUGCAGUGGGUGGGCGAGCCCAGCGACCGUGAGGACUCGGAGGACUUGACAAGCUCAGAGGAUGACAGGGCCUGGAUGACAGCCAAGAAGUUCUGGAAGCCAGCAGCUGAUUCAUUGGUGCCCCCUGAAGUGGACUUUGAUAGGCUGCUGGCCAGCCUGCAGGACCUCAGUGAGCUGGCGGUAGGCAGUGACACCCAGGUGACACCCAUGCCCGGUGGAGCACAGCUCCAUGAUCUUGAGCCCAUCCCACUGAAGCUGUACCGGAACGGCAUGAUGAUAUUUGAUGGGCCCUUCCGAUCGUUCCAUGAUCCCUCCACACAGAGCUGCCUCCGAGACAUAUUGGAUGGCUUCUUUCCUGCAGAGCUCCAGCGUCUGUACCCUAAUGGGGUCCCCUUUAAGGUGAGUGACCUGCGCCAUCAGGUUUACCAAGAGGAUGGGCUGGACCCAUUCCCAGGUGAGGGCCGCGUGACAGGCAUGCAGAGGAUUCGAAAGCCCUCAGUCAUGGUGGAGCACCCAGGUUCCAGGAUGACUCCUGAGAAGUUUCUGAACAAGCUCCCCAAAUUUGUGAUCCGUCAAGGCGAGGUGAUUGACAUCCGGGGCCCCAUCCGGGAUGCCCUGCAGAACUGUUGCCCACGGCCUCUCCCGGUCCAGGAGAUCAUGGUGGAGACGCCUGCCUUGGCUGCUGAGCGUAAGAGGAUCCAAGAGUCUCCUGAGUCGCCUGAGCACCCGGUCUCCAUGCUGCGCAUCAAGUCUGAGAAUGGCGAGCAGGCCUUUCUGCUAAUGAUGUGGCCUGAGGACACUGUCGGUGAUGUGAGAGCCCUGCUCGCGCAGGCCAGGGGCAUGGACCCAAAUGCCUUCGAGAUCUUCAGUGCGUUCCCGCCCACAGUCUACCGCGAGGACGAGCUCACGCUGCAGGCCGCCGGACUGGUGCCCAAUGCAGCUCUGCUAAUGCGGGCGAGCCGGGCCCUGACGCCCGCCCCUGGACCCCAACCAAGCCCUCAACCCAAAUAAAGCGCCCGUCCCCAUA